AUGCUUACUUUUGAACAAAUUCGAACUAUGAAAAAAAAUAAUUCGGAAUUUGCAUUUUGUAUUUUAAUUCUUAUUCAUUCAGUCUAUGUACUUAGUUCAAUAUUUUCAACAGCUAUUUUUUGUCGUAUUACUAAUGCUGUUCUAACAACUUUAACUAUUGUACUUCUAUCGACUUAUAUUAGCGUUGAUUUUUACAUUCGUUUUAUUUUAUUCAAUGAUAAAAAUUUACAUCAUUCAACUAUUCGAUUAGGUUUUGUAUUGAUUUUACUAAUAUUAAUAGUUCCAUGGACGAAUAUUAUAGUUCAUGAAUAUCGAAUGAAUAUUUCAAUAAAAGAAGAAAUAAUCUAUCCACGAUCAACAACAUUUUCUUGGUUUUUAUAUCUUGAUUUUCUAUUAAUAAUUUCCUUAUUGAUACUGACUAUUCGUAAUCAAUCAGAUUUUAGUUUUUAUCAAAUUGUUUUCUUAUCAGUUGGAAUACCUCUUGUUUCAUUAUGGUUAUACAUGGGAAUACUUAUGGCAAAUAAUAAAAUUCAUCAUUGGAUUAUUUCGAUUAGUUUUUAUAUCUUAUCAAUAAUACAAAUCAUUCAUUUAAUUUAUAUAACUUCCAAAACUAUUUUAGAAUAUAAAACAUUAUCAAAAUUAAAUGACUUAACAUUAUUCUCUUUACUUAUUAUAAUAUUUAUUUGUAGUGGUGCAAAUCUUCUUAUUCAUCUAUUAACAGUAAUAAUGAGUUUUGUUUUAAUGGAUAAUAUAUAA